AUGAUAAACUCUUCACAGGUUUUAUUUUUUUCUCUCACUGCUUAUAUUGACUCCUGGGCUCUGACUUAUUUAUAUUUCUUUGUUAUCUUGUUUGUGUAUGUCUUCAUAGUCUUUUCUAAUGUUCUGCUGAUUGUGGUGAUCUGUGUGAACAGGAACUUACAUGAACCUAUGUACAUGUUUUUGUGCAGCCUGUUUAUGAAUGAACUGUACGGCAGCUCAGGCUUGUUUCCCUUCCUGCUGGAUCAGAUCCUCUCUGAUGUUCACACAGUUUCUGUUCCGCUCUGCUUCCUGCAGGCUUUUAUUGUCCAUUCAUACGGAGCUGUUGAGUUUUUAAACUUAGCCGUCAUGUCCUAUGAUAGAUACCUUGCUAUCUGUUACCCUCUGCAGUAUAACACCAGAAUGACACCUAAAAAGAUUGCCAUGCUGAUCGCUGUGGCCUGGUUGUAUCCGUUUUUAGCAAUGUCCUUCAUGAUGUCUCUGAUACCAGUCAAGCUGUGUCGGAACCAGAUUAACAAAGUCUACUGUGACACGCACUCUCUGGUCAAACUGGCCUGUACAGACACGGCUAUACCAAACAUUUAUGGACUCACUGCUACUUUCAGCACCAUCUUCAUCUCUUUGCUUUUAAUCCUCUACACCUACAUCAAGAUCCUUGUUGUGUGUUUCUCUGGAUCCAAACAGACCCGUCAGAAGGCUGUGAACACCUGCACGCCUCAUCUGGCCUCCAUCUUGAACUUUUCCUGUGCUGGCAGCUUCGAGAUCUCGCAGAGCAGAUUUAACAUGAGCUUUUUGCCAAACAUCCUGCGGAUCGUUCUCUCGCUUUACUUCCUAACUGCUCAACCUCUUUUUAACCCGCUGAUUUAUGGCCUGAAGAUGUCAAAAAUCAGAAACAUUUGUAAAAGUCUAAUU